GGACGGAGCGACCCGCAAAUACGCUACGUAAGCCGCGACGAUAACAAAUGACUAUCGCCUGGGCCUCCGCAGUGGCGUUGUUCCACCACCGAGGGCUGCCGCCGGCAGGCUAGUGACCACCGCUACACCAUGAGCGUCGCAGGGCCGACCGCUGCGGACAGGGCUUCGCUGAAGAGCGUGGGCCCGAAGCUGGUGCCGUUCUUCAAGACGGUGGCCAUCUACUUCGUGCUGUUCAUCCCGGUGGAGCGGCCGUCGUGGGCGGCCACGCUCGUCAAGUGCCUGCCCAUCGUCUGCCUCAUCGGCUUCGUCCUGCUGCACGGCAUCAGCCUCGGCGAUGAGUACACGUUCUCCCGACGCAUCCUGACGGGGCUGGCGUUUUCCUGCCUGGGAGACGCGUUGCUGGUGUGGCCUCACUACUUCCUGCACGGCAUGGCAGCCUUCGGCGUGGCGCAGCUCAUGUACACUGCCGCGUUCGGCUUCAAGCCGCUCAACGUCCAGCUGGGCGCUGCUCUUUACGCCCUGUGCGCAACGGCUGUAGUAAUUUUGAUGCCUGGUCUGAGUGGUGUCUUGAUGAUUGGAGUUCCCAUCUACAGCAUUCUGUUGGUUACAAUGGCAUGGAGAGCUAUUGCUAGAGUACAGUUCUUUGAGGAGCUUUGGACUUGGACAAAAUUAUGCUCAUGUGCUGGGGGCAUUGUAUUUGCUAUUUCUGAUGCACUGAUUGGAUUCCAUCACUUUCACCAUCCAAUUCCACAUUCUCAGGCCUUGAUAAUGAUUACGUAUUAUGCAGCUCAGCUGGGAAUAGCUCUCAGCGUUGUAGAUUCGAAGGACAGUUAUGAUAAAACUAAGACUAUUACUUCAAGUGAACCAGCAAAUACAAAAAUCAGGAUAGCAAUUCCACAGAGCUCAUCAUCUCACUGAUAGUAGGUAGUGGACUAACUGGUGGAGCAAUGUGAAACUCUGCAGAUGCUGAGCUUCAACAGCAGAUUACAAUACCCAUGGUUAAUUACUUGAAGAGAUCUGUCUGAAGAUUCCUUUUUAAAUGUGGUGUUUACACAUCUUGAAAGGAAAAACUGAAGAAAUUUCAUUGUAACCAGUUUAUUUAUUUACUCUUAGAGAGUGUUUAAUGUCUUUCUUUAGUAAAUGGUGUUGUUAAUUAUACACACAUUUUUAAGUAAUUUUAUAAUUGUAUAAGGCAUUUGAAUCAUGUAAAAUGUAAUUCAUGUUUUUACGGUAUGGUAGAGUAGUAUUAGGAAAAUUCAUGAGAAAAUUCAUAAAAAAGUGGCAUCAAAGGUGCAGUUGCCUUAAAUAAACAACAUAUUGCACAAUGAAUAAUUGUUGUGCAAAAAGUAAAAAAUGAAGACUGUGGUACAAUUUAAAUUUGUCUUAUUUAAAAAAUGAGAGGUACUAGAUAAUUAAUGGAACUGAACUGAAAAACAAUGUGGAAAUUACAAAUAAGUCAUGUUACUGGUGUCCAUGUCUUUAGAACAUGAUAUUUUAUUAUGAAGUACUGUGCUUGCAAGUAAUAAUACCCAAACUAGCUUCGUUACUGCACUUUCUCUUUGUUUUUCAUACUGCGUCCACAACUGUACUUAAUUUUUUUGAUUUUGGAAGCACAUUUUUGUGCAUUGUAUCAUGCUCUCAUGGAAAACUGGCACAAUCCAACAGAUCAAAGAGUAUGAACUAAUUUCUAAAUUGGUUUUGUACUCCAUAAUGCAAUACAGGUUUAUAUAUGUGGUGUCUGUCCUUUUGGUCAUGUCCAAAAGAGGAGGCACCAGUUUGAUCCUGCAGCCACUAUGAAUGAAGAGACAAAGAAAUUAGAUAUGAUUUAUAUGAAUGAGGCAAACUGUAAAUUUAUGCCACACUGGGAUUCAAACCUAUUUCUCCUGAUUUCCAAGAAGAUGCGCUGACCACUACGCCAUCUGGACACAGUGGUUAUCACAGCUGCAUGAGCUACUGUAGCAUGCAUUCUGUGAGACCCAAAUUCUCAAGGAUCAAUAGUGUGUGGUGUAAGUUGAGAAUUUGGGUGUGAUGGGAGGCAUGAUAGGAUAUUCCAUGCAGUUACGGUAGCCACUGUGUCCGGAUGACAUAGUGGUCAUCACAUCUGCUUAGUAAGCAGGAGACCCGAAUUUGAAUCUCCGUGUGGCACAAAUGUUCAACUUGCCCCACUGAUGUAAUUUCAUGCCAGUGGGAGCUAAUGUCUUUAAUUCUUUUGUGUCUCAAUACAGGUUUAUUAGAAAACUGUCUUCUCUUAUCAGGCUGUGCUAGAGAUAACCAGUACGGUAAUGAAUCCUUCCAGUGAAAAUUCACACAGUUUUAAAAUCUUUUGUGCAUUUUUUCUGUUUUUGUUUUAUCUCAUUGGUGUGAUAGUAAAUAGUAAAAAAUGGUUACUCACACUUUUAGUAUGACAAGCAGUAGGAAAAGUUAAUGAAUGCGAACAGAUGUGCAAGUCACUGUAUUAAAAAAUAAUCGAUUUAAUUUGAAGAAAAUAAUCAUAGAGUUAGAAGUGACAAUUUCUUGAAUAUCAUAAAACUAAUUUUACAAUGAGAUGCAUAGUUUAUUAUCCCAGUUUUGAGAUUAUCUGCUUUAAAUUACUUGACAGACAUUUUUUGUAAGCAAAAUGAAGUUUUUGUGUUUUUAAUUUUUGUUUUAUAUUGGCAGAUAUACCAAAGAAUGCAGUUACAUUGAAAGUUCUGCUUUUUUUACAUGUUUCAUAAUGAUGUGUACUUCAUUUUCUUCCAAAAAUUUUCAAGUUUGUUGACUUCUACAUUCCAUAUGAUGAUGUGAAUUUGUUAACUUUUGCAUUCUAUAAGGUGAAGUGCAAAAAUGUAAUGUGGGUGAGAUUAAGUCAAUAUGUAAGACAUCUUCCGGCAGAGACAAAUAACAAAUCACGUUUUAGACUAAAAUACACAAGUAAAGUCAUUUUCAUGUGUGUGUUACAACUGUACUCAAUAAUUGUUGUUAUACAGCACAGUUACUUCAGACUUUUACAUUAUUUACUUUUGAUAGGACCUGAACAACUCAGUAUCAAACACAUUACAGAGCUUCUUGAAGUGCUUGAACCCACUUAGAAUGUACAGUUUAAAAAAAAGUCUCAUUUACAUGAAAUAAAAAGCAUAUCAAAUGUAUGUGAUACAAUAUUAGACUGUGUAAAAUUAGAAUUUUGAUAUUUUAUUCAUCUGAGUACUAUGUAACAAAUUUUUAAAUGCUCGUGUGCAAUCAUCACAUGAAGAAAUGAAAUAGUAGGCAUAUACAUAUAAUCUGUACUAUGUAACUCACGAUUAUUUUUUUUACUUGCUUGUGUAUUAUGUUUAAAGUUACCUAUGGUAUGUAACUUUAGAGUUGGCUUUAAUACUUUGCAUACAUUGAUAUUCCCAGUGUAUUACCAUGCAGAGAAAAUAAAUAGUUAAAUUUGUGAAGUGCAGUCACCAUUGGUGGAAAGAAGGGGCAGGGGGAAUGAAUAAAUCAACACAAAAUAAUUUUGUUGUAAAAACAUUGUGAUUUCGUAAAUGUAGUGUUCACUGAUAACUCUGUAAUAUUCGUGCGCUAUAAAUAGUAUCGUUGUCAUUUUAUAAUAUUUAAUGUAAUAUUGUUGGAAACAUGUUUAGACACUGAGUUUCAUCCCAAGCAAGCAAGACAAUAGCUAUGGAUGUACCAAAGAAACUCUCAUGGAAUUCAUCUGUGGAAAUAUUAGAAAAAUGUAGACAAGAAUGAGCACAUUGAGAUAUAUUUCAUAACAACUGUAGUGUUCCUUGGUUAAAAUUUUAAACUCACUAUAUUAAAAAAGUUUAAUGAUAUAUUAGAUGCUCUACAUAAAUGUACUUAGGCAGAUUAUAAAACGAAGUUGAUGAUAAAAUAGGCGAAUAUCAGGCAGGUUUCCACAAAGGAAGCUAUUUUUUCAAGCAAAUUUUCUACCACAACUAAUAAAUCACAUAAAAUGAUGCCAGAACAAGACUACGCCCAUGGAAUUAUUUUCAGUGAAUUUCAAAAAGCAUACAAUUCUAUCAGCAUCUCCUGUGUGUUCCAGUCAAAAAAAUUUUGAAAAAAGAUACUCAUUUCAGAAUUUUAAAUACCUCCAAUAAGUAAUUCAAAUGAAAGGAACUGACUAAAAAUGCAGAUAAUACCAGAACCAGAAAGCUUCACAUUACAUAUUAACUUUGCAAGGACACUUGUGCAGGUUUCAAGAAAAAUUGAAUAUAGUAAAUGCCAAGAAACUUUCACACUGGAAAUGAGAUAACAGAGUGAAAGGAAGAGGGAAAAAAUAUCAGAAAGAAAGAUGAAUGAAUACCAAUUCUUCCAAUAAGUCAUUUACAAUUAUUAUUUUACGUAGUCCAGUUCUUGUCUUAAUCAAAUCAAGAAGACAUGAAAUAUCCCUAGUUGUCAAAUUUACUUGGCAGAUAUAUAGACAGAUUGAAUUGAAGACUCUUGUGCUCAUUGUUUUAUUCUGUCAUUCUCAUUCUUAAUUUCAUUCUUCCUGCUCUCUGAUGAACUUCACGUGUUCUCCUUUGGGUUACUCUUUAUAUCUGAAAGUAAGCAAGCCAUUAUAAGGUGUGAGUAAACGUGGUCAUAAGGUGUUUGGUCAGAGCAGUUAAUUUUCACUUUUCUAAUAUUAUGUAGCUCUGCUGAAGGUUGUUAUUUUUUCCACUGGAAUGAAGAAAUUUAUUGCCUUUUCUUCUUCUUUUUAACAUAUAAUAUCAUCAUAUUUUACAUUGAACAGAUGAUAGAACAUUUCCAGAAAUAUAUUGGAAACUUUUAUCUUUGGUGGUGAACCUAUCCAUCAUUUUGUUUCUGCAGAUUGUAAGUUAAAUUUUGUGAAGACAUAAUUCCAGCUAUCCAGCUUUUCUGAUACUGAAUUUCUUGUUUGUUCCUUUACUGCAAACUCUUCCUGAACUUGAGAACUAGGCAGUCUAAUGGAUAGCAUUCUUUGAGCCAUUACUGUGACAGGCAAUAGAGAAAACAAGACACUCUUUCUUUUUGUUAAUUUGUAUCCAUUUAUACACAACUGCAGAAUGUAUGAAAAAAUAUUUUUUACUUUGUCAGUUUAAUUUUUUCCAGGCCAUGAUAUUUGGAAAACCAUCUAAACACUCUUAAGUGUAUAAAUAUACCAUUGUUAGGUUCUUCACAUGUAUACAUUGUUACCAUAUCAAUGUAGUGGAUAUGAGCUGUGCUUGUCAUACAAUUAUGUUGAUUUUUUCUAGUUUAAUUUCUCCUCAGGUGCAGAAUUGGGUUUAAUAAAGCUGACUGCAGUAUAUAAACAUUGUUGCAAUUGUUAACUGUUGGGAGCAGAACGCGUGUUGGCAAAUUGAUACAAAGUAUAAGAAAGAAAGUUGUAAAAAUGUUGAGUUCCUCUUAAAGCUGAAAUAAUAGAUGUUGGCCCAAAUGUAUACAUUCAUUUUACUUUCUAUCAUAUUAGAUCCCAA